AUGUCGACUAACGACUUCGCAGGCUCCUUAUCCAAAAGCGCAGGCGACAUCAUCGCGCCUUACACCCACCUCUACAAUCUCGUAGCUAGCACAGAAAGUGGUACCCUAGUUCAACACGCCACGAACCGGGAAGACUGGCAAUACGUUUGCUUCAACCCGAAAUACAGCGGCAUAGAAUGGCGACCACGAGGGGGCCUUUAUGAGCUGGUCUUCAAGCAAAACAACGAUCUUGCAGACGUACAAGGAAUCUUCAAGACAUCUCCAAGAUCACAGGAAAUUUCCAUGUCAGACCUUUACUCCAAACACCCUACGAAGCCACACCACUGGAAACACGAAGGCCGUACAGACGACAUGAUCGUUUUCAGAAGCGGGUGGAACUUCAACCCGACAAAACACGAGGUUUUGAUCAGCUCGCACGGCAUGGUACAGCAUUGCAUAUUAAUUGGAACCGGAAGAGACACGCCUGUAGCCAUUAUUGAGCUUCGACAGGAGUAUAGUUCUGAUCCAGAGGGAGCGCGAAAAGCUAUUCUAGCUGAGCUAGGACCGAAGAUCGACGAAGCGAAUAGGGCUGCAGAUACAACAGGCCAGUUAAGCAAGGACGCUAUCAUAUUGGCAAAGCGAGAGAAGCCGUGUGUAAUUUCUGGGAAGGGAACGGUGCAGAGGAAAGCUACGGUUGCGCUCUAUCAGCGGGAGAUUGAAGAGCUUUAUGCAUCUCUCGAACAGAGUGGGAGGGUGACUGUUUGA